UCCACGUCAGAGAAUGUCUGGACUGCAAGUGGGAUUUAGCAGAGACAGUUGGGAUUCUAGAGAACAGAGCAGGUCUCGAUGGACAUAAAGGUUUUAGUGCACCCUUUCUCCCAAACUGUGAAACGUGUUGGUGCACCUCCCUUUAAUCAAGAAGAUGAGACCAGACACUCAAUCGUUUGAUGCGUUACCAUUUCGGAUGUGCAGCCCAAUCAGGCUUGCUCGGUCGCUUCGUCGGAUCGAACGCAUUACGUUAGUAAGAAAACAGAGACCUCUUUAAAUGUGUAUUGCUCGAACUGCGAACCACGUUGUUGGAUGAGGUAUCCGGGUGGAAGAUCAUCUUAGAAGAGGGGACUCGUAGAACCUCGCUUCAGACAGAAUCAGAAAACUGAAGGAGAUUGGAUCAGAUUGGUGACGCAGUCGGUAACAGUGGUGAAUAUCUAUAAUUCAGCUUCAAGUCGAAACUGUCACCUUCAUCUAAGUUCUGGAAGUAAUUUGGCCCAUGGACACUCCGCAAUUUCUGCAAUUAAUCAGUGUCGCCAUUCGGAUUUUAAGGCUCCGCUCUCCGUAGCAUUACACCACAUGUUCUGGAGCUCAAUUAUAAGCGUAAAGCAUUUUCCGAAUAGAUAGUUUUCUCAAGGUGAUCAAGUGAAGUACUUCCUGCGAGGUUUUUGUCCGGAACAUCUGAGAAUGGCAGGGUUACAGACACAGCAGCAGGGAUUAAGCGGAUCAAAGCCAUACCAAAGCUCAAGCAGCAACUCCAAAGCGUCUGGACUUGCAGCAAGCAAAGUGAUCUACAAGCGCAGGAGAGCUGCACGGAGAGUACCCACCACGAUUUUGGAAACAAGCUGCCAGGAUUUUAGAGACGCAGUGCAGAAGCUGACCGGAUUCCAUCGUCCCAAACCUGCAAACUCCGCCAAGCAGCAACAGUCGAAGACGGUGCCAGGUUAUCUGGACGAGGACCGCCUGGACGACUACAAAGAUGCUGAAGCUGAACCCCAAGUCCACAACUCUCCACAGAGCGUCCUCCCGGACUCGACCUCGGAGCUUCCAAACUCCGAGUUCUUCCAGCACUUCUUACGAAGCAAUAUGGCCCCAUCCAAACACGUCGAUCAGGACCGCGCCAAAUUCGACGCGGCCAGUUUACGAGGCGCUCGGUUCCCACCCUACCCGAACGUGCCGGCCAGCGUACGAGGGGCUCCCUAUGGCUUCUUCGGAGGUCCCAGCCGGACCACCAUGCCAAUGCUGUGGGAAGGAAUGGGCAGCGAUUUCAUGAGCUCUAUUGCCAACUUUCAAGAUCCUAGUCUAGCGCCGAACCCUUACCUGAUAGCCCUGGAGAAUCAACUCCUGGCCAAAUUCGCCCGCCGCAUGCAAACCGCCGCAUCCAACCCUCUGGAUCCCUGGUACCCGAUGGAAGACAACAUGCCUCCUUCAAUGCGCGCGUGACAUGAAGCAGCAGCAGCACAAGGCCAUCAUCCUCAGCUCUCUUUUUUUUUUUUGCUGAUUUCGUUUUCUGUGCAUAUUGCGAGUGCCGAGGUCGAGAUAACUGUCUCCGCAUGCGAACGAGUCUGCAUCAUCGUCAUCUUCGUCCUCUUCACUAUCACUUGAGGCUCUUCCUUCUUCCUCCCCCUCCCCACCUGGUUCACCGCAAAGGUAUUUGGUGUACAAAUCUUGUGUAGACUGAUGUAUAAUUCCAAUGGGUUCUUGCCCAACGGCGAUCAACCGUGGAUCAACAGUUAUUAGAGUAGCGUAGCGCAUGAAAAAUUGGUGAUCCGAGUUCCGAGAGUGAGUGUGUGCUCCAUUUUGCGUCUGGAUCAUUGCCGUUGCCGUGAUGAAGGCACUUGUUCUGGCUCUGCAAGGAUCAGAUAUUCCUGUAACGCUCUCAGCAAUUGACAGAAGCCCAAAAGCUUCACCUCCUCCGCCUCUGGCUCAUACCAUGUUGCACGUCUUGUGGGUGCAAUGAAAGGGCUCUUGUGCUUCUGGAUGCCCUGGAAAGCCCACACUCUCUUCCCUUUCCCUCUUGUAGAGAAGCUCCUCACUCCUAUCUCUACUUCCACUUUAUUGUUUUGUUUUGUUGUUCUUGUUGGAGAGUAGUUGGUAUGUCAUUCAAUGAGCCCAUGUGUAGCAAUCGCCCUUUCACAAAGUUGGUUAGUUAGUUAGUUUCAAGGGCAACUUCUACGGUGGAACUUUGUUGUAAUAGCCAUAGCUAUUUACAUUCUGUCUUUCAUGAUGUUGAAUUACAGAAUAGUUCCUUUGGUUCUUGAAGAGCACAUCCUACAUCAAAGUUACAUUUAUUGUUUUGAUGAUAGUUUGAUGACCUUGAUUAAGUUUUUCUAUUGAUUUAUGAUCAAUGCAUCUGAAA